GCCGGAGUGUCUGGUUCUUUGACAGAUCCUGCCCAACUGCCAAGGGAUAUUGAUCUGUCCCCUGGACAACCAUUAGCUUCCAAUCAACCUUCUGGCAGCCUUGGUGUCAUUGGUCGACGGAGUGUUUCUGACCUUGGUGCUAUUGGUGAUAACCUUGGUGGAACAACUGUGAAUUCUGGGGGAAUGCAUGAUCAGUUAUAUAAUUUACAGAUGCUUGAGGCUGCUUUCUAUAAACUUCCUCAACCCAAGGACUCGGAACGUGCAAGGAAUUAUACUCCAGUAUGA